AUGGCCGCGGAAGAAGAGGACGAGGUGGAAUGGGUGGUGGAGAGCAUCGCGGGGUUCCUGCGGGGCCCGGACUGGUCCAUCCCCAUCUUGGACUUCGUGGAGCAGAAAUGUGAAGUUUUUGAUGAUGAAGAAGAAAGCAAAUUGACUUAUACAGAGAUUCAUCAGGAAUACAAAGAACUAGUUGAAAAGCUGUUAGAAACGUACCUUAAAGAAAUUGGAAUUAAUGAAGAUCAAUUUCAAGAAGCAUGUACUUCUCCUCUUGCAAAGACCCGUACAUCACAGGCCAUUUUGCAACCUGUAUUGGCAGCAGAAGAUUUUACUAUCUUUAAAGCCAUGAUGGUCCAGAAAAAUACUGAAAUGCAGCUGCAAGCCAUUCGAAUAAUUCAAGAGAGAAAUGGUGUACUACCUGACUGCUUAACAGAUGGUUCUGAUGUGGUCAGUGACCUUGAACAGGAAGAGAUGAAAAUCCUGAAAGAAGUUCUUAGAAAAUCAAAAGAGGAGUAUGACCAGGAGGAAGAAAGGAAGAGAAAAAAGCAGUUAUCAGAGACUAAAACAGAAGAGCCUUCGAUGCAGGCCAAUGAAGCGGCAAAAAUGAAUAAUUCCCAAGGGGAUGGUGAACAUUUUGCACACUCAACCUCAGAAGUUAAAGUGCAUUUUGCUAAUCAAUCAGUCCAGCCUUCGACAAGAAAGCUGGAAAUGUUGCCUGAAACUUCCUCCCUCCCACAAAAAGGCCUGAAGAUUCCUGGCUUCGAACAUGCAAGCAUGGAGGGACCAAUAGCAAAUUUAUCAACACUUGGAACAGAAGAGCUCCGCCAGCGAGAACACUAUCUAAAACAGAAGAGAGAUAAGUUGAUGGCCAUGAGGAGGGACAUGAAGACGAAGCAGAAUCAAACUUCGGAGCAGAAGGGAAAACCUGCUAGGGAGGUGGAGGAAAUGACAGAGAAACCAGAAAUGACAGCAGAGGAGAAGCAAACAUUACUAAAGAGGAGAUUGCUUGCAGAGAAACUUAAAGAAGAAGUUAUUAAUAAGUAA